AUGCUGACUGAUGUGAAGUGUGACCAAAUUAAGACUGGUUGCUCGCAGUGUUUGAGGGCCGAUAAAGCAUGUCCCGGGUACAGGGAUUUGACGAAACUUCUUUUUCGGGACGAAAAUGAGACUGUCCUGCGAAAGGUCAAUUCCUCAAAAGACCACACUGGAGUCCAGGGUACCAGAAAGGUGGUAAAUCUGUUAACACCCAGGACAACCUCGCCAGAGAAUAAAUCAACCACUUCAGGCGUGACUUGGAAGUCAUUGAUAUUGAGGUCUGCCGCAAACAGUCAGCCUUUAUACAAGCAAGUGUUUACUGGUAUAGAAGAUGAAGGCAUCAACUUCUUCUUCGCCAAUUAUAUCACCGCUUCCUCGAGAACGAAGACUUGGAAGAUCAACCCCUCACAAUCCCCUCUCUGGGAAUCCAUGCGCAAUAACCUAAUACUCUGCAACGCCGUGUCAGCUGUUGGACUCGCUGGUCUCUCGAAUGUGCGCAAGAGCCAAACACAUAUGAUUGUUGCCAGAAAGAAAUACGCGGUAGCGCUGCAUGAAGUCAUCUCUAUCUUGGACACCACUGACUCAGUAGACUUGAACACAACCUUCAAAGCAGUGACAAUGCUUGCGGCGUUCGAGAUCGUCAGCGGUACAUCAGAAGCUGCGGACGGUUGGGGAGCACAUAUAGGAGGAGCCGCAAGUCUCCUGCCGAUGAUUAAUGCACGGUAUUCUGGAAUUCGGGCCGUAACUCGAAUCCAAACGCAAAUGUUUUUCUCGGUCAUGAUCAAAUGCAUAACGAAAGCCGAACGGGUACCACAAAGUCUCGAGCGAUGGUGUGCCGACAUCCGAAAACUGAUUCACUUAGAUGAUGCUCCUGUUGCAGAUUUAAUUUCGAUUGCUGUGAGACUUGUCAACUUGCAUGCUUCGACCCAAAAGACGGAUAGUUUCAUUGAUUCUUCCGACGUUGCCGAAGAAGCCUCUCGGCUGGAAAUCGAACUAGGUCAUUGGGAAAAUUCUCUUCCGAUUAAUUGGCGCUUUUCCGUGAUCCCAUGGAGUCAAGAUUCGGAGGAUAUUUACAAUGGCCAUAUCCACGUAUAUCAAGAUCUAUGGACCGCGCGAGUCUGGAACAACUACAGACAGACCCGUAUUCGAGUUAACGAGAUGUUCCUUGUUCAUGCCGACUCUCUCCGGAAACUUGGGAAAUGUUCCAACGAGGAUAGGGUACAGCGAGGAAGGUGCCUCGCUACAAUCUCGAGAAUCGCAGAAGAUACAUGUGCAAGUGUAUCGUGUCAAUUCCACCAUGACGCUAACAAGAAACUUCUCGAGCAAAGGGCGUCGCAGGCGUCAGGAGCAUACCUCAUACUAUGCCCUCUUGUCGUCGCAGCAAGUGCUAUAGGCGUCUCGAAGGCCAUCCACGACUUUGCUGCGAGGAGAUUGGAAACAAUAGGGAAAACAAAAGGAAUCCAGCAAGCGUUAUAUAUGGCUGAGAGAGCGAGGAUUAACCGUGCUCGAUGGGAGACGGCGAGAUUAAGAAGAGUACAGGAGCAAAAGUAG